GAUCUAGUUGACUUGGUGUUUGUCAAAGAAAGGGAAAAUGGUUUCUGCACAAAUUAAAUGGUUUUUUCUUUUGGAGUUUAUUAAAGUUGUAUUUUCUGCCAACAGUAAUUGUUUUACUUGCAAUGACGUUUCGAAUAUGCACUUGUGCAGCAUAACAACAACAACAUGUGGCGAUGGUGAGGAGUGCUACCUCGAGAAAGUCACAACAGAAAACUUGGAAGUUCACAUUAAUGCCGGUUGUAGAAGUAAACAGGUUUGUGAUAUUUUGGCGUCUCUUGGUGGAAGGCGAAGGGAUAUUGUGAACUGUGCCGAAUGUUGUGUUAACCCUCCUGGCGCUUCAGAACCUUGUAAUUCAAGACUGUGUGGUCAGCAGCCUCUUGUUACAACUGUGUCACCUUCAGCUGUACCAGGACUGAAAUGCAUGAGUUGUCAUCAUGCCCUUUCUAUUCACGAAUGCAGGAAAACAACAGUGGAUUGUCAGCACAACGAGGAAUGUUAUUUUGAAUCCGUUACAACAACUGAUCUUAAAGUAAAGUUCAAUGCUGGAUGCAGAAGUAGAGCGGUAUGCAAUUUGAUGAGUUCACUCGGACCAAAAAUUGGCAAAAGAGAUUUGGUAAAUUGUGCUGAGUGUUGCAGUGACCCUCCAGACAGUGAUGGACCCUGUAAUACAAGAUUAUGUGGUGAAAGCUCUGCUCCACGCUGCUUAGUGUGUAAUGGUCUACAGACCUCUAGAGCAGAUUGUAAGUCCUCGGCUAUUUGCCCUCAAAAUCAGACAUGUUACAAUGGGGUACGUAUUGUUGGUUCCUCGUCCCUUCAGUACGUGUAUGGUUGUGAAGAAGAGCAGACUUGCCAAGCAUUCGCUAAGAAUUAUCAUCAUUAUCACAACAAUCAGCAUGUCGGUAGAUCCGUGCCCGAUAGAUCCGCAUCCGGUAGAUCCGUCUCCAAUGAUGGCGGAGUAAUCGUAUGUGAUUCUUGUUGUAAAGACGACAUGUGUAACGCCCAGGAUUGCUUUGCUUUAUUGAAAAAUAUGACAGUAAAUAUGUUUGAUACAACACAAAUGCAGACCGGUAAUGUCAUUGGAUAAUCUCUGUCUAAUUAUAAUGAAAUAAACAAUUUUCUGUAAAGUAUAUAUUUUUAAAGACAAGUGCAUACAAAAGUUUGAUGUGGCAUUUGAAAGACAGACUUAAAAUGUAUGAUGUUAAGGCAGAAGAAACUAUUUAGGGAAUCAAUGGACUAAUUUCUUGCGAAAAAUAUACCAUGGAUAUCGUUUUAAGCUUUCCUUUAUUCG